CUUCUGUUAAAUAUUCUUUCGUUCUAUAAACCUCACUUUCUAACUUUACCAUGGAUAAUCCAGUGAAAGAAAUUCCAAAAGUUGCCAAUAAUAUUUUUGCCAAUCCUGACAAAUCGCUCCUAGAAAAGGAGGUUAAAAGAUCCUAUAUUCCAAAUUUUGAAUUUCAUCAUUUUUUAGUGGAUGUCUCUCCUAGGCCUGGAUCAAGAGAGAGGGUUAUUCGACUUUUCAAAUUCUUUCGAGGAUGUUUUUGGAGUAACAAGCUACAAAUUAAUGAAAUAAGUUACAAUGAAGAAAGCGGAAAGAUGUUUUUAGAUGUGACUCAACAUCUCCAACCAUUACUAUAUCCAUGGAUAGUCGUUCCAGUAAGAGUUGUUGUUGAGUACUAUUUUAGACGAAACGAUGCAGGAAAAUAUUUUAUUUGUCGACAAGAUGAUUUUAUUGAACCAGAAGAAUUAAUGGGCGUAAUUGUUCCAUAUCUCGGACCUAUGGCAGUAAGGGCCGCUAAAACAGUUGCAGCAAGUUUUUCUGAACUUGUUGUCUCGAUUUUUGAGUUAACUGGAUGGAGUUAAUUUAAUAUGAAUAAUAAUAAAUAAUGAUUUAUUAAUAAUAAAAUUUACAAAGGAAUUUUCCAUCUAUCAAUUACAUUUAAUAAACCACUAUCUAAUCUAUUACUUCUUUCAUCUGCAAUAGCUUUGGUAAAUGUAGAUAAAAUUCUUGAGCAACCCUUUGGACCUGCUAUAAAAUAAUUUGAAUUUACACAAACUAAUUUAUCCAAAAUCCCUUGGAUUCCGGGACCAAUAAAUUCUGUAUCAUAUUUUUCAUUUUUUCUUAAUUGCUCCAAACCUCCUAAGGAAACCCAUGUAUUUAUUUUAAAAGUUUCAUUUAACAUUCUUAUAGCAUCAUGAUGAUAAUUAGUGAUUUUUGUAAA